GUACUAAACGUCAUAGGGCAAAUAGGAGGAACUGAUGUAGCUUAGUAAAUCUUCCUAUCCAGAGCCUCUUGACAAGGGGGUAGUUGUUAAAUCCAUGCCGAAAUAACGAGUAAUUACUAUACGAUUCCGAAAAGCAGCGCAGUAUUAUAGAGUUCUUCCCAGUGCCGUGGCCCUGGGACCUCUGUGUUACGGAAAGCUAAUCAGGGCGUCUGUCAGAGGCAGAAUCCACGCUGCUCGCCUCCAGGUGCAAGUAAAACUGCAAAUUCUGUUCAGGAUUAUUACUCUAUGUGAGUUGUAGGAGAACAACUAUAGCAUGGCAGGAGAACAAAAGCCAUCCAGUAACAUUCUGGAGCAGUUUAUUUUAUUAGCCAAAGGCACAAAAGGUUCAGCCCUUCCAGCUCUUAUAAACCAAGUAUUAGAGGCUCCUGGAGUCUAUGUAUUUGGGGAACUUUUAGAUUUACUUAACGUGCAAGAGCUUGGUGAUGGACCCCAUUCUGGUUACUUGAAGCUUCUGAAUUUAUUUGCUUAUGGAACAUAUCCUGAUUAUAUUGCCUCAAAGGACAGCCUGCCAGAGCUCUCAGCUGUACAGAAGAACAAGUUAAAGCAUCUGACCAUCGUGAGCCUUGCAUCCAGGAUGAAGUGCAUUCCUUACUCAGUUCUCUUGAAAGAUCUGGAAAUGAGGAACCUCAGGGAGCUGGAGGAUCUUAUCAUAGAAGCUAUUUAUACAGACAUUAUUCAGGGCAAACUGGAUCAGCGCAACCAUGUGCUAGAGGUUGAUUUCUGCAUCGGACGGGACAUUCCCAAAAAGGACAUCAGUAGCAUUGUCAAAACACUUCAAGAGUGGUGUGAUGGCUGUGAAGCUGUGUUAGUGGGAAUUGAACAACAAGUCCUGAGGGCAAAUCAGUAUAAGGAGAAUCACAUUCGUACACAACAACAGAUAGAGACAGAGGUGACAAAUAUAAAGAAGACUCUGAAAGCCACAGCCUCCUCCUCAGCACAGGAUACCGACCAGCAUCUGGCAGAGCGUGAGGGCCCUCCACUAACUGAACAACGACAGCCCACCAAAAAGAUGUCGAAGGUUAAAGGUCUGGUCUCCAGUCGCCACUAAUGAAGAUGGGUUCAGGGAGAAGGCUCCAGUGGCCUGCAUACUCUCCCGGGUUGUUUGCAGACUAAAUCAUGAUUGACCGGUGUAUCAGCCUCUUCCUCCCUCCAUACCUCUCAGAGAAUAAAAAUGCCAUGGGCAAGAAGGAACCCAUUGCAGUAACAAUGCUGUGACUGUUUGGUUGGCAAUUCUUUAUCUGAGCAGGACAAUUUACCUAGCAGUUUGCGUAUCCCCUUCCUGCUGGAGAGGCUUUUUGUGAGACAUGCUGCAAUGUACAGCAGGCUCCUCUACUAGUUAGAGGAUUAUAAAAAUGGCUUCUUUUUGCUGAUUAUUUAAAAUCCAGGUGACUUUGAUCUUGUCAUUUUAAGGGAUUUAAAAUGUGCAAGGGGCAUAUUUGUAGAUAAUGCUCUCUGUUUCUUAAAUACACCCCAGAAUAUUUUAUUUUGCUCUUUUUCUCCAGGUUGAAAACUUGUUACUAGCUUUGCCUUGACAUUUUCAGGAGGAGAAAAUAAUAUUUUAUGGUCCCUAAAAAGUAUUGUACACCCACAAAAUAUGGUGACAUUAUUUUGUAAAGAGAAGUGGGUGAUGGGUAGAAAAGAAAGUUGGGGGAACUUCCGUUUGUAACUGCACCACUUGGUUCUCAGGUUUCAAAGGCUUACAGUCAGGUGGGCAAUGUAGAAUAUUCUGUUUAUCUUUGAUAAUUUGGGGUUUAUGGAUUGUAACAUAGCAACUGUAGCUGGUGUGGCCUAUGCUCAUGCCACCUACAUAAUUCAAGAAGCAGAAACUUUUUAGAGCAGGAAGGAAAUGGUGCUAGGAAGAAACCUCUAGCUAUUACAAAAGCCCUUUACACUUGCCUGGAGAAAAGCUUGGGGAUUUUACAUGCAGGUUUGACCUGUAUAGCGCCAAAUAACUGCAUUGACCUAGUAAUGUCCUCAGUUGGGGAAGUGUGCAGCCUGUCAACGAUAUUGUUACUGUUACUGUUGCUGUGCUUAUAAAUCUCCAAAUUAUUAAAAAAAAAAAAAAAA